AUGUUUUCGAGGGAUGCUUUGAGAGCUUUGGAAAAGGAUAACCAGUCGGAAUUUGAGCUAUCUUCGGAUGAUGAGGAUGUGGGAAAUAAUAAUAAUGUCCCAUUUGCGAGACACGUUAGGUUGGGAGCCGAUGUAGUAACUCAGAAUCAAAGAGAGUACACCCCACUUGACCCCCCUGACGAACAAGAAGACGAAGAAAGGUCAGCUUUCAAUUACGAGUCCGAGCCUGAGGCGCCAAGAGAGCCGGAUAUUGUGGAGGGCGAAGAGGAGCAAGUUACGCCGAAUGCUGAACUUUUCGAUUACCUUACGCCAAAACCGAACAUAAAGUGGAGGCAUAGACAAAUAAAUAACACAAUACCAACGGAUUUCUUGCUACCAAUAGCUUUAGAACCCAUCGUGCAAGAUCCCAUUUGUUAUUAUAAUAGAUAUGUUCCUGUAGAGCUUUUUGAACAAAUGGCCGAAAUGACAAACUUAUAUGCAGUACAGUCAGGAAAAACCAGGUUUAAGCCUACGUCCAGCUAUGAAAUUGAAAUUUUAUUUGGUUUGCACAUGGCAACGGGAGUUUUCAACUAUCCAGUUUUGAAAAUGUACUGGGAAAAUCAUAUUAGCAUUCCACUUUUCACUAACAAUAUGGCAAGAGAUAGGUUCUUUGAACUUCGUAACAAUCUCCAUUUAGUAGAUAAUAUGAAAAAGCCUACUAAUUGCACUGACGUGUUUUAUAAAGUAAGACCAAUCUAUAAUGCGAUCCGAAGCCGAUGCUUAGAAAUACCGCUAGAAAAAGAAUUGUGUGUCGAUGAACAAAUAGUUCCUUUUACAGGGAAACAUUCUGCUAAGCAGUACAUCAAAGGAAAACCUUGUCCAUGGGGAAUGAAGCUUUUCUUUUUGUGUGGGAAAAAUGGCCGUGCCUAUGACUUUAUUAUUUAUCAAAAUUCUAUUCCAGAAUUUGACAGGUCACUGAUAAAGAAAGUAGGCUUUGGAGCUGCGGUAGUAUUACAUCUAAUGAAAAGAGUCGGUGACAGUAGAGGUCAUGAGUUAUAUUGCGAUAAUUACUUCUCGUCUUAUUACAUGCUCCAAAUUUGA